CAUUCAUCGCGCGACUCUCAAUCAGUGCGGUUUAACCUCUGAUUCUCGAUUGGAUUAAAUUCGCGUCUAGCUGAAUGCUGUGCGAUUGCAGUCGCAUUUGUUUUCCAUAAAUAUUUACUGUUCCGGAAAGGGUGAUCGCCAUGCGCCAACUGCAGUUGCUUGGUUUUCUGAUCGCCAUACUGCAAAUCAGCUAUAUAAGUGCCCAAAACUUGCCAUAUAUCCAGUGUCCGAUGAUAUUUCGGUACCUGGAGUACGACAAUCAGUUCAUUGGACACUUGCAGCUAACCCUGGAUAGUACAAAUACGGAGAACGUUGUGCGCGUUGAACUUUCCCAGCGUGGCAGAAACACCCCGUCGACUCCGGGCACUCUUAACUUCUUGGAGGAUGAGGAUUCGCUGAGGCAUCGCUUGACUAACAAUGAGCCCAUCAACUACAGAAUUGACUUUCCAACGCCGGGCGUGGUGCCCAAACUCACAAAGGUUACGGUUAAUGGAAAAGUUGCGUGCGAGGCUGUGCCUUUUGGAGCUCCUAGCACAAGGCUAUCUUUGUCGCGAACUCUGCGAACUUCUGUGCCUUUGGCAGCUAUACCGCCGUCUCAGCGGACUGAUCACCAAUGGCCCCAGGCCCCUCAGACCAACUACACUGUAUAUGAGGAGGAGGAGGAAGAGGAGCCAGUUCAAAGACGCCGCCCACAACAGCGUCCUUCGAGGCCGCGUCCACAACAGGCGCCGUCAAGACCACGGCUGCAACCCGUGCCUCAAUUGCCACAAGAACCAGAGUUCCAGACGUCAGCCAGACCUUCAGUUCAUCCGUCGAAUACGCCCGCGCAAGCAUCCAAGUUCUAUCCCCAGACAAUUGGUCAACUGAGCGGAAUCUGUGGGCGUGAAAAGGUCAUCCAGACACCCUUUAUCCACAACGGAAUUGAAGUGGAGCGGGGUCAGCUGCCCUGGAUGGCCGCUCUUUUCGAGCACGUUGGCAGGGACUAUAACUUUUUGUGCGGCGGAACGCUGAUCUCGGCCAGAACAGUGAUCUCGGCUGCCCACUGCUUCCGCUUUGGCAGUCGGAAUUUGCCGGGCGAGCGGACUAUUGUUUCGCUGGGGCGUAACUCCUUGGAUCUUUUUUCGUCGGGAGCUACACUAGGUGUAGCGCGACUAUUAAUCCACGAACAGUACAAUCCCAAUGUAUACACCGAUGCGGAUUUAGCACUGCUCCAGUUGUCUAAUCACGUUGAUAUUGGCGAUUACAUCAAGCCCAUCUGUUUGUGGAACGAGAACUUUUUGCUCGAACUGCCCUCGGGUCACAAGUCCUAUGUGGCUGGUUGGGGUGAGGAUGAAAAGGGGAACCGAAACACGCGACUGGCCAAGAUGACAGACACGGACAUCAUCACCCAGUGGGAAUGUCGUGGAAAUCUGUCCGAGGAGAACGCCAAGUUUAUCACCUCGCACACGAUCUGUGCCAGCAAUGCCCAGGCGUCCGGUCCCUGCAGCGGAGAUUCCGGUGGUGGACUGAUGCUCCAGGAGCAGGACAUCUGGAUGCUGCGCGGCGUCGUCUCAGCCGGACAGCGAAUGACCAACAGAUGCAAUCUGACGCUGCCUGUCAUCUAUACGGAUGUGGCCAAGCACAUCGAGUGGCUGCUCAGUAGCAUGUGGUUUUGAUAGGUUAUACAAGAGAUUAGUUGAAUUAAGUGCCAAAAUAAAAGAUACAAAAUUUUUU